CUUGUGUGAUAGCAUGUUAAGUAGUUCAUGUCCUCAAGCGUUUCGUUGCAGUUGUAGCUAUGGCGUGUUUAAGUUCGAGUAGGCUCUGUGCUCGUGUACAAGAUAAGUUUAUGUGUCAAUUUGGACAUAAAGUUCGAAGGCAGACUGUAUUUGUGAAACUCAAACCUCCCGGACCAACUCCAUUGCGGAUAUUUGGAAAGACUUGUCAGCGUGUGACCACAUGCGGGCCAGCGUGCGGUAGCCUCGGCGGCACAGCGUCCGCGAUGCGGCGCCUCGCGUCCAGCAUGCAGAGCACAAGCACCGGGUCCCUGCCGGACUACGGCGCGCAAAUCGUCGACCCCUACCGCCUGCUCGAAGACGACCUUAAUGGAAUAUACGAAGACAUACGAUCGGAGCUGGAACGCAACACAAAUCAGCCCGAGUUGAACACCAUAGCUACAUAUUACUUCGACGGUCAGGGUAAAGCUCUAAGGCCAAUGGUGGCUAUCCUUAUGGCGAAAGCUGUCAAUUACCACGUAUACGGUGAAAAUAGUGCCCUGCUGCCAUCCCAGCGGCAGGUAGCAAUGAUCAGCGAGAUGAUCCACUCAGCGUCAUUGAUCCACGAUGACGUCAUCGACCAGAGCGACUUCCGCCGCGGUAAACCCUCCGUCAACGUGCUCUGGAAUCACAAGAAGGUUGCAAUGGCCGGCGACUUCAUCCUCGCUGUGGCGUCGAUGAUGAUAGCUCGCUUGCGCAGUGACGAGGUCACGUUGGUGCUCAGUCAGGUGGUGACUGACUUGGUACAAGGUGAAUUUAUGCAACUUGGAAGUAAAGAAACAGAAAAUGAAAGAUUCGCACACUACCUCACGAAGACAUACAGAAAGACCGCGUCACUUAUUGCCAAUUCCGUUAAAGCGGUGGCACUACUGAGCGGCGCGGACGAGAGCACGUGCGAGCUCGCGUUCCAGUACGGACGCAACGUGGGCCUGUCGUUCCAGCUGGUGGACGAUCUGCUGGACUUCGUGUCCUCUUCACAGGCGAUGGGCAAGCCCACCGCUACUGACCUCAAACUUGGACUUGCCACCGCGCCAGUGCUGUUCGCUUGUGAAAGGUACCCCGAGCUGAACCCGAUGAUAAUGCGGCGGUUCCAAGAAGCGGGCGACGUGGAGAAAGCCUUCGAACUGGUCCACAAGUCACGUGGUCUCGAACAGACACGUUUCCUCGCGCGCAAACACGGGCUAGAAGCGGCGAGAUUAGCCAGCGAGCUAGCCGACUCGCCCUACCAGAAGGCGCUAGUCGUCACCACAGACCUCGUGCUCAAUAGGAUCAAGUAACGCACCUUUUAUAUGGGAGCAGCCGAUUGGGAGCUUCUGUUGUCCAGGAGAGAAUGUGCUAGGAGACGGAGUUGGUGACUUCUUAGUAGAGCCCCACUGUUUUAGAGAUCAAAAAAUAUUUUUUUAAAGGAUAGAUAAAAAGUUAAAAACGUAGUAGAGUAUAGCGCCCUUCACUAACCUCAAUUUCAACCAAUAACGCGAUAAUAUAUAGUAAACAUUUUAUGAACAAAUUUUGAUGCUCAUAACAAAUGAACAUCAAAAUUGACUGUGAAAGAGUUGUGAAUUCAAUGGUUAUCAAAAGUACAUUGUACAAUCAUUAGCGAAUUUCUGGGGUUCUGUAUGUCCUAAGCUAACGAGCCAUAUGAAAUAUGUUGAACAUUGUCUUUCUUUAUUUUCUUCAUUCUGACCUUGAUCCGAGUUCUAAAUGAUUUCAAAACCAGUGAAACUACCCAGUUAACAAUUGUUCCUUUCACAGUAAAGUGAUAAAACAAUUAAAAAUCAUCGUAAUCACUUGCUUAUUGAGAUCAAGUGAAACACGAAGCGUGGGAAGACGCUCAUGCAAUUAAGAAAGCCAGAUAUAUUAUGGGCUCAAAUAUCACUUAUUACAAUGGUUGGCUCUAUUUGGAAGUACCAUAUAGCGAGGUUACGGCCAUUUCGCACGUUCCACUUGAUUAAGAAUGAGAUGGCAAAUUUUCUACGAAGGACGUAGAAAUUUAGAUCGAGA